UUGAGGUCUCCCCAUGAAUAGGAAAAGCACAGCGCCAUCUUUCGGAGAGUUUCUUCGCACUAAGCUCUUGAUCCCAAGCUUCGCCAUAUUUGACGUCCUAACAACGCUGAGAGGAAACACUGCCGUUGUGUAGCCCCCAGUAAUGACUGCAUUGAGCCCUGUACCUCCUGAUUAAACUGGUUGGAUGCCCCCAUUAUCAUUCAGCCUCUUGACAACAACUUUUACGAAAACAUCAGCAUCUCAUCCUGGAGGCCAACUGCCAGGAGAAUUAGAGACCUUUGUGAGUAGAAUAUGUCUGGCCCUGUUCCAAGCCGCUCUCGAGUUUACCCUGAUGUAAACACACAGAGGCCUCGGGAAUACUGGGACUAUGAGUCCCAUGUCGUUGAGUGGGGAAACCAGGAUGACUAUCAGCUUGUCAGAAAACUGGGUAGAGGCAAAUAUAGUGAAGUGUUUGAAGCCAUAAAUAUCACAAACAAUGAAAAAGUGGUUGUUAAAAUACUGAAGCCUGUCAAGAAAAAGAAAAUCAAGAGAGAAAUAAAAAUCCUUGAAAAUUUAAGGGGUGGUCCAAAUAUCAUCUCACUGUUAGAUAUAGUCAAGGAUCCUGUGUCCCGAACCCCUGCCCUGGUCUUUGAACAUGUGAACAACACAGACUUUAAGCAAUUGUAUCAAACCCUUUCUGACUUCGAUAUACGGUUCUACAUGUAUGAAAUACUUAAGGCUUUGGAUUACUGUCACAGUAUGGGGAUUAUGCAUAGAGAUGUCAAGCCACACAAUGUAAUGAUUGAUCAUGAACACAGAAAGCUCCGUCUAAUUGACUGGGGAUUGGCAGAAUUCUACCAUCCAAAUCAAGAGUACAAUGUGAGAGUGGCGUCCAGGUACUUCAAAGGACCUGAGCUGUUGGUAGACUACCAGAUGUACGACUACAGCCUGGACAUGUGGAGUUUGGGAUGCAUGUUGGCCAGCAUGAUCUUCAGAAAGGAACCGUUCUUUCAUGGCCAUGACAACUAUGAUCAGCUUGUGCGAAUUGCAAAAGUACUUGGCACAGAGGACCUGUACGACUAUAUUGACAAGUACAACAUUGAAUUGGAUCCACGGUUCAAUGACAUUUUGGGAAGACAUUCACGUAAAAGGUGGGAGAGGUUUGUGCACAGUGAAAAUCAACAUUUGGUUAGCACAGAAGCUCUAGACUUCCUGGACAAACUGCUGCGCUAUGACCAUCAAGCCCGCCUCACAGCCAGAGAGGCCAUGGAUCAUCCCUACUUUUAUCCCAUUGUCAAAGAUCAGGGAAGAGGGGCCACUCCUGGAGGCAUGGCUGCCAGUUCCACGCCAGUCAGCUCCUCAAGUAUGAUGGCUGGCAUCACCUCAAUGUCCUCUGCACAGCCAAUGGCUAACAUUGCUGGAUCCCCGGUCAUCUCUGCCCCCAACACUCUGGCCACACAGGUCCCUGCAGCCACUGGGGCUCAGCCCUGAAGCCUUUCCCUGUGUCUGUGUGCUCAUGGCCAUGCCUGCCUAGCCCCACUGUGGCCUAGGGCCAUGGCUCCCCUUUUUAUGUUGAAAAUAACAAAGAAGAUUUCAAUUGCUUUUCACAUUCAGUUAUUUUGACACCUGGACUUGACAGAAAUGUAUUGUUGCGCCUGUCAGGAUUAUUAGAAUUAAUUUGGGUGUGUAUUUGACAAUGCUGUUGUCGAGAAAUUCUAAUAAGAUGUAGACAUGAAGAGAAUGGAUAAUAAAAUUUAUUUUGUAUGUUCCAAAUAUACAGUCUUGCUUGAAACUGUUUGAUGGGGAUCCUGCUGUAUUACACUGUGAACCUAAACACAACUUCACAAACUGAGUCCGGAGUGUGGUGUGCCCUGCCUACAGUGCUCAAUGGUUGCACAUGAUGUAACAAUGCAGCAGUUGUUGGUGUUUUGAAGUUGUUAGAUGCUAUCAUUCAUUAAUUGGAUUUUGUAGAUAUUCUACAGUUACUGUCAGGUUGCAUGCACCCAAUGCUGAGUAUCACAGGGUCAAUAGUUUGCCAAUUUUAUGUUUCUUUCACUUCUGUAUGUGUAUGUAUGUGUUCAUGUUUGUUUUUUAUGAAGUCUCUUACACAUGAUUUUGAUUACAUAGACAAUUUUGUAACUUUUGUUUUAUGUUGGAAAGACUCAUCAACUUCAAAAGCAACUUCAAAAAUAAACAAUUUAAACAGGG